GUGACUCUCCAAGUGCCAUGUUACAGACAGACGACCGGUCAAGUAUGUCAGGCCUGGAUCUGCUCCGCCACCAACGCUGACCCAUCCAGAAUAAACUGGCCCGCCACGGUGAAAUGAAGGUCUCUUUCAGGUGAGACAAUGCGGAGCUGCAGUAGCUAUGGCGCCAUGGUCACAUUAAUUCAUCAUGAAGUGAAACCUAUACUGGAGUCUCAACACGCAACGCUGAACUCCUAAUAGGACUGGAAAUAUGUAUGUAUGUAUGUAUGUAUGUAAUGGAAGGUAAAUUGAUUGGAUUUUGAGAAUAAAUAAGUAAAUGCACAAUAAUUUCAUGGUAAAAAGAAAUGUUAAUUUUAUGACUGUAAAUGAAUGUUUAUUGCAUUAACAUAACCUACAUUUCUUUGGAUUAUAUUGCACUGUUUACACUAAAUGCCGUCAACAUUUCAGCAAAGAUUUAAAGAGGUUGAAAAGGAGCGUGAUGGAGAGCAGUCCUUGUAUUUCCUGUCCCGAAUUCCCACUUGUUCAUAUUGUUCCUAAUGUUUUGUCAUGUCCUGUCUGUUUACUGUCAAUAUUAUUGAGAAAAACAUUUUAAGAGGGUUGAAAUAAAUAUAAAAAAUAAGGGAUAAAUACUACAUUUUGAAGGGUAAAAUAAAAUUCAUAAUAAUAAUUAAGUCACCAUAAAUAAUAUUUUACAAGUAAAAAUUGACCCGAUAAAGACCAUAAUAUAAAAACACAAUAUUGUGAGGUUUGAGGGCAGGUGAAUUAUUUUAAAUAUGCUUAUUUGAGCAAAUAAUCAUUUUUUAUGAUUCACAACAUCACAAAAGUGUCACAUCUCAUUAAGUAACAUUGUUUGUCUCCAUAUACGUCAAGUCAGGAAAGAAGCUUUAACAAAACCAGAAACAGUGUUCAAAGUGUACAAGCCUCUGCCAAAAAGGGAUCCUUAAAAAAAUUUUUUUUUUAAAUCCUGGAUCCAGACGGUGAUUGUACGCACUCCUAAAAUGUUCCUGAAAGUUUCAUCCAAACCUCUCUGCAACUUUUCAAGUUAUUUUGAACACAGAAAAACCAAGGCUGUUGAAAAACAUAACCUCUCCUUGGUGAAGGUCAAAACACACACGUAACAACAACAAUGCCAGAACUCUGUACACUAGUCAAACCUUAAAAGCCAAGGCGAGGAUUUCAUGGAGAAAACCAGGAGGCUAACCGAGCAAUAAGGUAGAGGGUUCAGGUCACUUCACUGGUGUGGGAUCAUAUGACCGUCUGCUGCUGAGGCUGUGGAAAGAUAGAAUCAGUCAGAGAAACAACAAGGCCUACAGCACUUAAACAUGCCUUUCCAUAAAUAAACAUGUCACUGGAGUCUUGGUUUUGUUAGGUGGUACUUACUUUUAUAAACUACAAUACUUUGUGAUUGUCAACAAGUGGAAAAAACAGAUCAGCCUGAAAAUGAGCCACUUGCAUUAAUCGCUGUGGAAAUAUUCAUAGAUGUUAAUGAGCGAAACCAAAAACUGAACUGCAAGUUGACAGAAAGCUCAUCUGAGUUGGAGCCUCACAACAGUAGCAAUCUCUUUUCCCAGCAUGAGAAAUGUGCGCCGCAUCCCAUUUUUAUCCAUUCGUUGUCAUAUUGUCAGGAGCUGCCUCAUUGUCAGUUCCAAAUGUGGAUGUCGGGCAGGGCAUUUAUUGGAGUUUCGUUCCUGUACGGUAGCACUCACCAGUGGCCCCUCCCACUGCUCCUCCUGUCGUGGGUAAACGUGGCCUCAUUGAUACGUUUGAUCAUAGUAGUUUUGAACUGAUGCAUGCUUGUUAAAAACCACUGAAUGGUGUUGCCAUUUAGUUUCCAACUGCCUCAGGGUAAAUUGCAUUAAAUCUAAAAGACUCAAGAACACGCACUAACCGCUAUGACACCGUAGAGACAGUUAAAUAAUAUAUUUUAGUGAAAAAAAUACAUAUGUAUAUAUAUGAGAUGCUCUCAAGCUUGACCUUGCGUGUCAUAUUUAAUCACAAUUGAUGCAUAAAAGUUGCUUUUUUAGUGAGUAACUGACCCAGCAACAACAAUAAUGUAUUUUUUUUUUUGCGAUUGAUUCCUUUUUUUCUGGUGUGUGCACAACCGCCCAAAAUCCUCUCCUUUUUCCACUAUCACUAAUAUUCACCUUCUCUCAUUCCAUUUCUACUCUAAUUUACUCAUCGCAGUUCAGAGAAAAAACAGUUUUAUCUUCAAUAAGUUAGCAUUUCUGAUGACUUCAAAUGAUCCCUAAGGGCAGAUAUUCCAUUCAAUAUGUUGUUUUAAUUGAUAUUUAUUAAUUUAUAAUAAAUAAUGGUUGAAGAUGGCAACGGUUUGACCUGUGGGACCACUUGCAGGCAGUUCCCAUGAAGCCAGCUGAAGACUCUCAACACUCAAGACACGGUUAGUUUCAACAUGAAUAGACUACCAUUUAAAGACACAGAAAGUUUUGCAAGACACUGUUGCAUUUUGAACAGGUUUACUGAUUCAUACCAACAUUGAUCACCUGCUUUCCCAUCAUUUACGUGAAUCAUUUUUUUCCAGAUUAACAGAAACAAUCUCCACUUAUUGGGAAAAAGGAAAAAGCUUGUGCGGCUUGAGGGAAUGGGUGUAAAUGUUCCUUUGCUUCCGUGAUCAGCUGAAAACAAAUAUCACUGACAAGACGUCACAUCUCAACCAGCUCAGACAUGCAGGAUAUAGCAACCCUGCAGGGCUUGAUGGCGACAACUGUCGCAGUAUUUGAGUGUCAGAAGAGGUGAGGCUGCCGGGGGAGAGGCUGGAAUAGUUACUUAAUCUAAACACACCCAGGUUCAAGACAGGGUUGAACAAUGGCCACAAUAUCAUGUUCCGUGUGUCUUGUUUCAGGUGACUCACUGAGGAAGUACCUAAGGUGUUCCACUGGUGUUGAGACACCGUCCCCAUGAAACUGUCCUCAUGCUCCCACAGCUCAGAUAUCAUCUUCAAAUCACCAUGGAAAGAAAACGGUUUCAAUUUGCAGCUUCUGUUUGUCUACCUGUCAACAAAAAAUGUGCUACUUAAACAUUAUAAAAAGCGGAGAAAGCGUAGCUUCCUCAAACACUGAGCAUCGGUGAAGCUCCAUGGAUCUGAGGUGGAGAUUGUGACAGCUGUCUGAGGAUUUUCCCACUCACCUGUCGUGUGUAAUGUAAGUGUGCAGCUUAAAGGUCCGGUGAGUUUACACAUUGCUCUCAUUUAAAACGUGCUUAUUGACAGACUCUGUCUUUCCAGAAACAUAUUGAAGCUACAUUUGAGAAGUGUGGUAACUGAACACCCGGCUAAUAUUUCACACUUUAACCGACUUCAGGUGCUUUAAGUGAGUUCACCCACUGUCACAUGAGUCACAGUGCAGGGGGCCAGGGAUCCUCUGAUGAUGCCGGGAGUGAUGGAGACUCCAGAGUUUUCCUCGCUGUCUUCGCUGAGAGGAGACUUCAAGUCCGAGGACUUCAUCCAGCCACACUACAAGGAGACGUAUCGCCUUGCAAUCGAUCGGCUGGUCAGCAGCGGCAGAGAGAAAUACCAGGAGUUCCUCAAGGGAGAGCGUUUGGGAAGCUUCCUCUCAGAAGAAGAACUUGUCUUCAUCAGUAAAAAUGCCAAAAAGCCCCCACCUCAAACACAGUCAGACUCAAUUAAUGGAUCAUUGGACACACAGUCCUCCUCAGGAACCUACUGGCCAACACACUCUGAUGUGGACGCACCAGAUUUGGAAUUGGGCUGGCCGGAUGUCAUGCACGAUAAACUCCAGACAAAUAUAGAUCUACUCUUUCAUCCACCGAGACUAAACAGCCCGACCAUCAAAGAGGUGAUAAGGAAGAAGAUCCAAGAAGCACGACAGGUCGUAGCAGUCGUGAUGGAUACGUUUACUGAUGUGGACAUAUUCAAAGAGGCAGUUGACGCCUCAAUACGGGGAGUCGCCGUCUAUGUGCUUUUGGAUCAUUUCCAUCUGAGGGAUUUUCUCACGAUGGCAGAAAAUUAUGACGUCAAAAUUCAGCAACUCAGGAACAUGAGGGUGCGCACCGUGAAAGGCCAAGAUUACCUCUGUCAGUCAGGAGCUAAAUUUCACGGGGCAAUGAAGCAGAAGUUUCUUUUAGUCGACUGUCAAACGGCAGUGUACGGCUCUUACAGUUUUGCCUGGUCAUUUGAAAAGAUCAAUCUGAGUAUGGUGCAGGUCAUCUCUGGCUUCCUUGUUAAAUCGUACGACGAGGAGUUCCGGACGUUGUAUGCGCAGUCGACUGUGCCAGUUGAGAUCUAUCCAGCAGACAUGCCGGUCCAAAUGAACGGCUCUCACGGACGACAAUUUUUGCCAAACACGAUUUCCGAUUCCACUCAGGGAAUUGACCGAAGGGACCAGCUGAGGCGAACGCUGGACACCGUCUACCGGACGGUUGAUCGGAAACAGGCAAUGCGAAACUUCCAAGAUCGGCUUGUUGAAGAAAAGCCGAUCGAACCGUGGCCCGUUUUUGAUAAUGACAUCGAAGUUCAAAGCCACUCGCUACUCCAUUCUCCAGAGCCCAAGCCGUUCCAGAAGCGGCACAGCUAUGCAGGCGGGGGACGAGACGACUAUACUCCGAGGAACAUCAGAUCCCCAACUGGCAACUGGAAUGUUGGGAUAAGGACAAACAACUUGCCUCCUGAUAACUCACCAGCACCAAACUUGUACAGGGGCCAGAACAUGCGUCGGUCAUAUAAUGGCCUGGACAAACAAGUUCUGUCAGUACAGCAGAACAUGCCAACACUUGAGAAAACAUCCAAGUCCUUCAUGCGUGCAUGGAGGAUUGAGGCCUAUCUCCAAAACUCUGACGCUUCCUUCUGGGAAUCCAAUGACUAUCUUGACCAGUACGAGCAGAUGGACAAACCAAACACCUUCAUGCAAGGGAGAAUGAGGUCUUCGCUUGCUUUCCGAUCCACUAUUCCAGAACAAAUAGAGCCAAAUUCAUAUGACAACACAUCAACGGAUGCGACACCGCCAAAUCACUACUCAUCAAUAGAAUGGCAUCCUCCUGUAUCCCCACAGAAGGGGAUGGACGAGUUUAUGAUGAAGCGGCAAAGCCUGCAGAUUUUGGACGACCCUCGGACGUACCCCAGCUUCACCCCUGGGAGAACUGACUACCACUCUACAUAUAACAGCCUGGGUCGAUCAAAGCCGCCAAUGCUUGCAAAUCCAGACAUGCUGUCGGACAACUGGCACAAGAGACACAGCGUUGCUGAUCCAAAAACCAACUAUGAUAAGACACGUGAGUCGCCAGGUCAGAUGUACGGGUCUUCCACGAGGAUGCAAAUUAAUCGAUACGCAGCUGGAAUCAAAAUGCAGAAUGGAGGUUUCGGGAUGAAUCUAAAUGAAGAUCAGAGAUCAGUGUCUCACUAUGACGUCAAAAACAUAAAGGACUGCAGCGGCAACAACUACUCCAACUGGCAGGAGCCGCCUUCAAGGACCGUGUCGGCAGCUGCUCUGGACGACAACCUUGAUCUGACAAUGAAGUCCAACAACACUGGCUCUCGGGAUUUUCUCAAGAAGAGUUCCAAGAAGAUCAAAUCGUUACUGAACAUUCCAGGAAAAAAAGAUGAGCCAAUGAAAACCUCAGAAACUCAAAGCAUUGCAUCCCAGGGCAGUACUGAUACGCUGCGAGCGCAGCAUGCAGGGAACCUGAACAGAGGAAGUACUUACAGAAACUCAGGCAGGAAGUCGCCACCUGAUCGCACAAGGAACCCAAUAAAAGACGAACAUCGGAUAUACUCACAGCCACGGUUCGGAACUGAGGAGUACAGACCACUAGCAAACGUAUCAUCCGACAAUAGACACAUGGAGCCAAGUGCAAGGCCAAGUUACGGUUCACCGAUCAUCAAAAACGACAGACAAAGUGGAAACCGGCCCCUCAGCAGAUUUGAGCCUUUUUGCUCCUUGGAACAGAAGCAACCAGUGCAGCACAGACAGAGCUACGGAAACACGCCGUCUGCGGAGAAAACCAAAGCCUACUACAAGGACGAGGCAGACAUUGAACACAGCAUCACAAGAGUAUCACGGAAUCACCAUGACAAUAAGUUUGAGAAAUUCUUCCACAGGAUGGGAAAUCUGAUCCACAAGAAACACUGAAAAUGAAUUCCGGGUUAGUGGAGAGUACUGGGAUGUACAAGGAGGGACUCAACUGAUGUAACCAAUGCUUUAAUGCAAAUAGCUUCAGAAAACAAAGUAUUUGGGGAUUUAAGAUUGGAUGACACUAAAGAAUGGCCAGGGCUUCUAAAUUGUACUGAGCUAUAUGCACCACAGGACUGUUACGUGAGUCACAUCUCUACACACACAUCAAAUUUCACACACCCAUCUCUUCCAUCAUCACCCAGUGCCAUAUUUACACGUCACAUAUGUAUUAAUUCAUGUGUGCCCUGUUUACAUGUUUUUUCAUGAUAUAUUGAUGCACAAAAAUAAUAUAUAUACGCAAAUGCCAACUUCAGGACUUUUUUGAUAUUUGUAUUUUGGAAUUUUCUGUCAAGGUGCACAUGCGGAUAUUAUUUUUAUGUUCAGGGUAUGUGAUGAUGUGCAUGCUGGGAAGUGAUGCAAUAGAAAACUGCGUUUUUGGGCCUCAUCGAUGGGCGUUCAUGCAAUAGACUAAACUUUUUUUUAGGAUGUUUUAAAGUUGCAGGAUGAAGCUUGUGGUGCUUUACAGAAGAGAAUUGAUGAAAAAAAAAAAAAAAAAAAACCUUUCCCGGUGAUGUAUUUCAGCUCUUCUUGAAACACAAAAUGAAUAAACAGUGUCAUGUUUUUAUUUAAAUUAUUCAAAUUGCCAGCUUACUCACUGUGUUUAUCUGUCAGCCAGAUGCCUCACCAGCUUUUAGAAAUGCACGAUGUGUUAACUAUAACCAUAACAGCCCAGGCUCAUUCAUUUCUUGUGCCGUUAUUUGAUUCCACCUGUAAUUCAACAUCAAAAGCUCAGAGAAAAUCAGUUUUUUGGUCUGACUGUCAAAAGUAAAGGACUAUGGAAAAGCAAACAUCCUCUUAACUUCAGGAAAGUUUCUUUUCCCUUAACUCUGCCAGGCUGAUUCUUUAGUGCUGCUAAGCAAAAUUCACAGAUUUAUUCAACAUGACAGAAGAACGAGAUCUGAUCCAACUCAAUACAGUUUACAGUACAGUUGUAUUAUGAAAAUAAGGGGGUAAAAUGUUAUAUGUAUAUGUCGUAUCUUGUCACAAAUCCUAUCCUUCCCAAAGGUAUGAAUCCCGAUGCUGGCAGCCUCAAACACAAAGCUGUUUUCAGUAUUGGAAGGGUCAAUUUUCGAGAUGAGUGAGACUCAAGUGAAGUAGAUGGCGAUGCCUAUUCAUGUUAUAAUUGGCGUUCAAGUAUAUUCACAGAUAUCUGGGUUGAAGUUGGUAGAAGCACGUAGGAAAAUUGAAAACACUUCUAAAUGUAAUUUUUAAAAGGCUUUUUUAGCCGUCCACAUUUUGUUUCUUCUUGGUAUUAAAGUUUAAAGGUCAAGUUUACUUGCACAGAAUAGCUGUGACAAGUGGUGCCUUAAUGCUAUGCAGCCUGUGCCUCUACAGACAGUUGACCUUCAACGCACAUUUGGCUUGAUUUCACAAAGUACGAGUCUCCAGGGGAAGGUGGGUAACAGAAGGUACUUGUUAGUAGCGGUCAAUAUGUCAAUUUCCUCAUUGCUGCAGCGCAUUCAGAAAAACUGGUACAUAUACAGUACCACAGUUUAGGGAUCGCUGGACCCAGCCAAUGGCUCACUUCUUCAUUGGUUUUGUCUCAAUAUACAUGCAGCAUGGUGUCUCAAUGAUGUCUCCUUCAGUGCAAGUGACCACUUCAAAAUCUGAUUUCACUUUUCAGUCAUCCAGUGAAGAAGUAAGCAGAAGGUUGAAAUAGACAUGGCUGCAUCAGUUUUCCAUAUUCAAAUGGUAUUCAGUGGUACCUCGGUUUUCCAACGUCCCGGACUUUGAACAAAUCAGAGUUCGAACAAAAAUUUUGCGUUUUUUUUGCUUCGGAUUUCGACCCAAAUCCAGAACUCGAACGCCCCCGAAAAAAGCCGGAAAAACUGUAACGUGCGCGGACCGAUCAGCUGACCCACGACACGCUCUGUUAUUGUGUAUAAUGCAGCCUCUGUAUGCAGACGUGUCCCGUUAGCUACAUUUACUGACUGUUCUUUCUUCAUAUUGAGGUGUAAAACCUUUCCUGUCUCCACACUGGACCGUGGUAGAGUGUCACAGGGGAGGUGCUCGCUCUCCACACCUCCACUCCAGGGUUUGAUGUCCUGUUGUGGGCUGGAGCUGGGACAGGGAUGAGGCGAGUCUGGGACAGAGCGUUGCUUGGUUUAUGACUUUGUCACAGCCAAACUGCACAGAAGCGCACAUUCAGAGCUGGACACGCACCGGGCACCUCUUCACUUCUGGAGAGACGUCACUCACUCGGCAACCCCUCCCACAUGCAGCGGCCACACACAUAGAGGAACAGCGCACCUGCAGCAGACACUCUACAUUCACUCCUACAAAAGACUAUUUUAAGGCCUGGAACACCUUAUUUCUUUUUCCAUUAAAAAUUGAUUCGGAUUUCAAACAAAUCACUUCUCAAACGGCCGUCUGAAGCAACAGCUGAGACUAGCAUUCUUCAUCCUUAGAAUUUCAGCAAUGCACCUUAUUUUUGCUGCUGUGAUUAAUAGAAUAUAUUGUUGCAUGUGUAGAAGACUCAUCUUGCUCCUGUUGUAAGGAAAGAAGUCCACCGAAAAACGAAAAUGAGGUAAACACUGAAGUUUUGCUUGCAUCAUCACAACAUAGAGUGUCGACCAUGUUUUGGUACAUUUUUGUUUUUUUUGUUUUUUCACAUCAAAAACAACUGCCCGGUUCUCUCUAAAAAAACAGAUUACUCUAGUGUGGUUGGAACUAAAGAAAGUAGAAAGUCAAAAGGGCACAUCCUCGAGACAGAUUAGUCGCCUUUUAUCUACUGGAAGGCCACUAAAAGCAAAAACGAUUGGGAUGCUGCCACCUCAAGGUCCAUCUGAUGCUUCAGAGGUGCCACUCGGUCACUACUUCAUCUCUGGGCUCUAAUGGGUUAUUGACUGCUGUUAAGAUUUUUAGAACUUGAGCGUCUGAUACUACAAAUGUCGCCUGUAAUGCCUCGCUCAAAAGGGGGCUUUGACUUGCAUUGACGUAAUGUUUUUCAGUCACUUUUAAUGCGUAGAUUGCAGUUGGUUUGAGCGUACCUUGAGGCAAUAAUUCUUUUUUGUUUUUUGCCCCGGUAAAUGAAGCUCAGCAAAGGUCUUCAGCUGUGAGGCAGUCGUGCGCUCUCAUCAGUGGUAGGAGGGAUUUGUAAGGUUGGGUGAUUGAGACUCGACUUCAUGACAUUAAAGGCCGCAUGUUCCAGCUCUCCAGGCUGGACAUGGCCUUGGUCUUCGUGUUACCUUUACAUUGGCAGCUGUUUCUUUGAUGAUGCCCCUAUUACUUGCCUGUUAAAUUCACUGUUAUUCAUCUGCGGGUUUGAUUUGUUCUCCAUUUUAACAACCUCUCUGAAACCGAAAAGGUCGACUUGUCUUUUUUUAUCUGGGUUUGCCCUCUGUUGAUCUGCCAGUGAAGACCUCCCAGAAAUGCCAACUAGCCCUUGUGUGAUGCUGGAACCUUGUCAGCUGGCUCUAGUCCGAGUCUGGGGUUAAUAGCUCCUCAGAACAUCUCACAACAUUCCACAACAUUUUUUAUUUGUCAGACAGCCAAGAGUGAUUAAAUGUGACAGGUGGUAAAUGAACUGGCAGUGAGUGGAUGUUUUGAAUGCAGGUGACAAGCGUUGAGAAGUGAGAAGUAUUACCUUGUAGAAUUGAAUUAGAACUGGAACUUGACCAGGUUGCCUGACAGUGACGUGAAAAGGAAAUAAUAGACAGUAUCGUGUUUUGUCAGAAGCUUGGGAAAGCUAUCCAAACUAGGAAGGCUUUGGAGGGAUGCAGACCACCUCCAAGCAGCGCAGGUCAGAGUGUGAAUUUCACACUGUGUUGUCCUACAUUCAUGCUUGAGAGGCGGCUGCACCACUGCUGCCUUCAAGUGUCGGAACACGUGAGACAAGCUUCUAGCAACCUAACAAACACUUACCUCCGUCAAAUAUUGGACAUAAUAAUAAUUUGCCACCAUACCAAAGGGUAGUAAUUUCUGUGAUGUCGAGCCUUGUUUUCGUAUUGCAAGGUACAUAAAGGGAAUAAUGGCAGGAGUUUAGUCAGCUGCUUGUGAGGUCACUCUGCAGACAGUUACAAAAGCUUAAACUGGAAUGAGAGCCAAGAGCAUUUGCACGGAGGUGUGUCUGUUUGCACAGCCAAACAUUAUCUUUUCUGUUGAUGCCAUGGUUGACAAUCAAGGUGGGAAAACAUUGAACAAGAAUAAGGGGUGAGUGAGUUCUAUUCCUGUUCUGAGUUCCAUUCCCGGUUAGCUGAAUCACAUCUGAGGUCUGAAGAUUUAGUGCAGUUCACUGGGAUCCUGAUUCCGAGUUCUGUUUCUGUCUUAGUUUUUUGCCUUGGUUUUGUGGAAAUCUGUGACUUGAGAGUGGCUUUUUUUUUAAGGAUGGUAGGGUUGAUGUUGGAGGUCUGUAUCAUGAAGCUGAGAUCUUUCGCCAGAUGGGUCCAGUUUCAGCUCCAUAGAAGUGGUUCUUCUUCUGAUGUUUAGUCCAGUGGUGGAUUGUGAUCGUAUAUUCAAAUGGAAAUGACUGAAUGACAGCACAAUCCUGUGCCCCUGUGAGGUUGCUGACAGCGCUAUAUCGAUGUUAACUCACGAAUGUUGACUCGUCUUUUGCCACUUGAGGAAUCGAUGCGCUCAGUCUUCUUGUUAGAGGCCCCUCCUAUUCAAAAUGUACGGAUCCUGGUGUUAUUCAGCUCAUUCCAAUUACCCGACUUGCUAUCCAUCUGGUGUCCGAGACCACAACACCGCCUCCAGCUUCACCCACUUGAUUGCACUGAGCGCAUAAUCAAUAAGGACAGUGAACUUGUUGGUUAUGCUUGACACACGCUCUGUAUCUCUUGAUAUGC